AUAUAGUCCGUCGCCGUGUUUUCUGUCGUUCAGUGCCAUCGUCGUCGUCGGGACGACAAUUACCAGGUUACUUGAGGCAAUCGACGCCAUUAGCUGUCCCCACGCGAGUUUAACUCAUUCGCUUCAAUUGAUUUUCGCUCAUCCUAGUCGAGCUCUACGACGAUCCAUCACCAACAAUCUGACAAUUCGAUCUUCGAUCGUUCAGCUCGCUACUGGUUCUGGACAGGCAUCUCCUGAAGACUAUGGCGACGCAAGAAUGCGAAAGAGGAAAAGUAAGAAUCGAGAAGGUGACAAAUGCUUAUGGCCUCUCCGAGGGACCUCACUGGGAUCACCGCACUCAAAAAUUGUAUUUUGUUGACAUAAAUAAUCAGUAUAUACGCAGGCUAGAUCCGGCAACAGGUGUUGUGACCAGCGUGUACAUAGAUCACGGGCCUGUAGGAGUUGUUGUACCUGUGGACGAUACAACUGACCAACUGGUAGCAGGUUCGGGAAAAGAUAUUAUUCUUGUUACGUGGGAUGGAGACAGUGAUGAUUCGCAGGUACCGAUCAAAGUGUUGUGUUCAGUUGACUUUGCACAGGCUCAAACGAGAAUCAAUGAUGGAAAGGUGGAUUCAGCUGGAAGAUUUUGGCUCGGUACUAUGGGUCAGGAAGUCAAUGGAGUGGCAGCUUCCAAUCAAGGAACAUUAUAUCGCGUCAAUGAGGAUCUUCACCCUGAGAAGGAGAUCUCACCUGUUUCAAUAAGCAAUGGAUUGGCAUGGAAUAUUGAAGAUGACACCUUCUAUUAUAUUGACUCGCCUACUCGUCAGGUUGCAGCGUACGAUUACAAUCCAAAUAAUGGAACAAUAUGUAACAGGAGGAUUGUAUUUGACCUUAAUAACACUGAUCUCCAAGGAGUGCCCGAUGGAAUGACCAUAGAUGCGGAUGGUAAUCUCUGGAUAGCACUAUUUGGAGGACAUCAUGUAAUUCAUGUAGAUCCUAAAACAGGACAAGUAUUACGCAAAGUUAAGAUACCGGCUGAAAAUGUAACCAGCGUUGCGUUUGGCGGUCCGCUACUAGACAUUUUGUACGUGACUACAUCGGGUUUUAAUUUAACUGCAGAACAACGAAAAGCGACUCCUCACGCUGGUGCUGUAUUCGCAGUGAAAGGUUUAAAAGUUCGUGGAAUUCUCGCAAAUUCGUUUGUGAUGAUGGAUUAAAAAAGAUUGAUAAUAAAAAAAAAA